CGCGGUGCCGAGGAAGGAAGGAACAGGAGGGCGCCCCGUCCCCUCGCCUGGGAAGGAAGGGAAGCAAGCAAGCAGGCCUCGGCCGGAGGUAAAGUAUGUAUGCAGAACUCCACCGCAAAAAAAUUAAGAAAAGUGAACAUUUUUUGGCAAGUACAUCAAAAGGAGGUUCAGCAAGAAGUAAUAUUCAGCCCACCUUGAAAAACUUUAUUCAUAAGUGCCAAGCAAGCCUCAAAAGCGACUAGCUGGGAACCUAUACAUAGAUAAAAGAGUGCAUUCUUCUGCUUUUUCAGUGAUUAAAUGUAAAGACUCAAAUACGACAUCAGCAGUACAGCCACAGCCCUUGGUGCUUUUCACAUAUUUGUGCUACGGUUUCACAACUGACAUGUUACAUAGCUUGUUUAGAAGCUCCUGUAAUUAUAUAUAGAGUAAAACCUAGUACCACUGUGUAACUGUUUUCCUAUAAUAGAAUUAAAUGUUAAGACAUUUGCCAAAAUGAGUGCAGAAGGAUACCAAUACCGGGCUUUAUAUGAUUACAAAAAAGAACGAGAAGAGGACAUUGACUUGCGCUUGGGAGAUAUUUUAACUGUGAAUAAAGGUACCUUAGUUGCCCUUGGAUUCAGUGAUGGGGAAGAAGCAAAACCCGAAGAAAUUGGUUGGUUGAAUGGUUAUAACGAAACUACAGGAGAAAGGGGGGACUUCCCAGGAACUUACGUAGAAUAUAUUGGAAGAAAAAAAAUCUCACCUCCAACUCCAAAGCCUCGUCCUGUCCGACCCCUUCCUGUGGCACCAAGUCCUGCAAGAGUAGGAGCAGACAGUGAUCAAUCAGGUUUUGCACUUCCAGAUCUUUCAGAACAGUUUUCAUCACCUGAUAAUGCUCCUCCCAUCCUUGUCAAAUUAGUGGAAGCCAUUGAAAGAAAAGGUCUGGAAUGUUCAACAUUGUACCGAUCACAAGGAUCAAGCAGUACUAAUGAAUUAAGACAGAUUACUGAGUGUGAUAUUUCUGCAGUGGAUUUUGAUGCCAUUGAUAUUCAGAUUUUAUCAGAUGCUUUGAAGAGGUACUUUCUUGACUUGCCAAAUCCUGUCAUUCCAGCAUCUGUUUACAAUGAAAUGACUUCGAUAGCACAAGAAGUGCAGAACUCAGAGGAAUAUGCUCAAGUACUGAAGAGGCUCAUCAGAUCACCAAAUAUACCUCAACAGUAUUGGCUAACACUCCAAUAUCUGCUCAAACAUUUUUCCAGAAUUUGCCAGAGCUCUACCAAAAAUCUUCUGAAUGCGAGGUCUCUAGCUGAAAUUUUCAGCCUCCUCUUGUUUAGGGUCCCAGUAGCAAGCUCCGACAAUACGGAACACCACAUAAAAAUCCUGGAAGUAUUAAUUUCAAGUGAAUUGAAUGAGAGACAACCUGCACCAGCACUGCCUCCUAAGCCUCCAAAGCCUAAUACUGUAACAAAUAACGGUAUGAAUAAUAACAUGUCUCUGCAAGAUGCUGAAUGGUACUGGGGAGAUAUCUCAAGGGAAGAAGUCAAUGAGAAGCUGCGUGACACUGCAGAUGGUACAUUCCUGGUACGAGAUGCCUCCACCAAAAUGCAUGGGGAUUACACACUUACCCUAAGGAAAGGAGGAAAUAAUAAAUUAAUUAAAAUAUUUCACCGAGAUGGGAAAUAUGGCUUUUCGGAUCCAUUAACGUUCAAUUCUGUGGUUGAGCUAAUAAAUCACUACCGAAAUGAGUCUUUGGCGCAAUAUAAUCCGAAACUGGAUGUUAAAUUGCUUUACCCAGUAUCCAAGUAUCAACAGGAUCAAGUGGUGAAAGAAGACAGCAUUGAAGCUGUUGGGAAAAAAUUACAUGAAUAUAAUAUCCAGUUCCAAGAAAAGAACAGAGAGUAUGACAGACUCUAUGAGGACUACACAAGGACAUCUCAGGAAAUUCAAAUGAAAAGAACUGCUAUUGAAGCAUUUAAUGAAACCAUAAAAAUAUUUGAGGAGCAGUGCCAAACACAGGAAAGAUACAGCAAAGAAUAUAUUGAAAAAUUCAAACGGGAAGGAAAUGAGAAAGAAAUACAAAGAAUUAUGCAUAACUAUGAAAAACUGAAAUCUCGAAUCAGUGAAAUUGUGGACAGUCGGCACAGACUAGAAGAGGAUUUAAAAAAGCAAGCGGCUGAAUAUAGAGAAAUUGAUAAACGCAUGAACAGCAUUAAACCAGACCUUAUACAACUCAGAAAGACUAGAGAUCAGUACUUGAUGUGGCUAACUCAGAAGGGUGUUCGGCAAAAGAAAUUGAAUGAAUGGCUUGGCAAUGAAAAUACAGAAGACCAAUACUCUAUGGUGGAAGACGAUGAGGAUUUACCUCAUCAUGAUGAGCGAACAUGGAAUGUUGGAAAUAUCAACAGAAGCCAAGCUGAAAAUUUAUUACGUGGAAAGCGGGAUGGGACCUUUCUUGUUCGGGAAAGCAGUAAACCGGGUUGCUAUGCCUGCUCUGUUGUGGUGGAUGGUGAAGUGAAGCACUGUGUUAUCAACAAAACACCUACUGGUUAUGGAUUCGCAGAGCCAUAUAACUUGUACAACUCUCUGAAAGAACUGGUGCUACAUUAUCAACACACUUCGCUAGUGCAGCACAAUGACUCACUCAACGUCACACUAGCCUAUCCAGUAUAUGCACAGCAGAGGCGAUGAAGAUGUUAAUACUAUGGGGUUUGUCUCUUUUUAUUCAAUGCCCACAAAGAUAAUUCAACAGUCUUGAGGCCUCUGGAUAGUGAAUGCUCUUGCGUUGGAGCUAAGCCGUCAAAGCCGUCUGUCUUCGGAUGGGACUCAAGCUUCCUUCACAACCGCGGUGGGAGAAAUAGCUGAGUUAAGAGCUGUGAACACACCUUUCUAAUCUAAAGUGCUUUUUUGAAAAACAAAAUAACCUGAGUAAAGGAAAACAAAACAAGAAGAAAGAAGUGCUACACCUGUCUCACUGCAGGGACAUAGAGGCCUUUAACCAUGGUGCUUGUUGACCAUUUCCUUGAAGCUUUAAGAGCUCAAAUGUUGGGACUCUGAAGAUCGCAAAGUACAGCAGGGGCUGUAUAAAUGGCAACGUACUUUCACAGUUGUGACUUGGGUGAUGCAGCUGUGUGCAAUGGAUGCAAGAUGCCCAGAGCUGCGGAUGGCUGGUUUUCUGAAGAAUAUGUAGCAGAAUGGCACUUUUGUUUUUAAGGGACACUUUAAAAGACUUGACAGUGUGUUCUUCAGAGAAACAGAUAUGGUAACAGAAGUGCCAGGAAGUGUUUUUGUUUAGACAUUGAAAAAUCUUGUUUUGAGAAGAUAUUUAAGACUGAAGAAAACUGGGCUAUUACAGCCUACAGUAUAUAAUAUGUACAUAGUUCUGGAUGACUAACUAUUGUAGAUGGAUAAUGUGUCAAUACCAAACUCAUUCUGUUCAUUAUUUGUUUCUGGGUUUUGUUUUGUUUUUUUUUGUUUUGUUUCCUUUUCCCCCCUUUUUUUUGGAAAAGCGUAAUCCUUACACUGCUAUGCAAUACUUCAUUUUCUAUAGGCUGUUUUGGUUCAAGUGUAAAUGGAGGAUAAGCUUUUUCCCCCCUUUCUUUCCUUUUUGUCAUCUCAAAAUGUUCCCUUAACGACUAUUGUUGUGUUAAUUUCCAUUUUGUUCAUUCUUUCCCUUCUUUCCUCCUUUUUUAAUUUUAAAAUGAAAUGUACAGGACGUCAGUAAAAGAUGGCUUCAGAAUUAAAGCUAUGAGCUAUUUUAACAGGGUUUGUCCCCUUUUUAUAGAGUAUUGAGCUGCUAGCUCAAGAUUAAAAUUGAAAAUUUCCUUUCUAACUAAAGAUUAUGUUGGGCAGUGCCUGAUAAGCUUCAAAGCUGCUUCAAUAAAAUAUAUGAACAUUGCAAAGUAUUACUGAGUCAAACAAUAUUGUUUGAAAAAAUAUCUUCAGAUGAUGGUAUCCCACUAUGUACGGUCCAUUUUUAGAUUUCUGUCCUGGGUAUGUUUGUAUUUGAAAGAGGACAUUUACUUUGAAGUAGUAAACAGAUGGGAAUCAUUGACUGUAAAAUUAAACUUAAUCUUUUAGAUGAAAUCAUGUGAAAUUUUAACUAACUAUUCUAGACAUGGCAUUGAAGUUACUUUUCACAUCAUACAGAGAAACAGUUUCAGUUGGUUGCUUUCUUUUAAGUAUAACAGAACACAUAAUUUUAGGAAGCCCUAUUUCUGUGACACCUAUUUUCCACAGUUAAUAUUUGUUACGUUACAUUUCUGUGAAAUAAAAUAAUCAAAAAUUCUCAUCUGAAAAUACACAUUAGGUAAUAAUGAGGUAAAAAUGUCAGAAACAUGAAACCUCAGUGUUAAUAGUAUUUUACCAAAUCCCACACUCCUUGAACAAUAACUUUAAAAAUCAAGGUUUUGUUUUUUAGUUAAAGGAUGCUUGGAGACUUUUUUUUAGUGAGUAAGCAAAAAGAUAGAUCUUACAGUGCUCUUUAUGGUUUUGACCUGUUAGGCAAUCUGUGCUUCUUAGAACGAAGCAUUAAGGACUAUUUGUAGAUAUGUUUUCUAUCAUUUGCUAACAUUAUAGAUAUGUUAGUUUUGUUCCCUUUUUAAAAAAAAAAUACUGGUGUCUUUUAUAUCUGAAGCUGUGUGAGGAGUUUGUUUAUACUAUGUUGACUUUUGCUUUCUUGGGGAAUGUGGUUUAUUUCAGCAUAUUUUAGAGUUCAGUUCAAACUCCUCUGAAAGUUAAUGAAGAGAAGCUUUGGAAAGAGUUAGGACUGUAGCUGCAAGCUGGAAGCUUUAAUUCUCUUGAGCUGGAUUGGUCACAUUUGAGUCAGUGGGGUUACUCUUGGUCUAUUCAGGAGGAAGUGAACUAAGAAGCAUUUCAUCUCACGAAGCAAAGUUCAAUGAAAAAUGUACACCUGUUUUAGUUCAUUGAUUCUUCCUCACCAGAACUCUCAAGAAUAGAACAAACACACCUCAUGCUCUGUUUUUUUGUUUGUGAAGGGCAAUUUGAUGGUCAUUAAGUAGCAAGUUAUUUGUAAUUGUAAUGUGACCGAAAUGCACUUUUAUAGAGCAACAUGAAUGUGCAUCAGUAGGUUCUCGCCCUUGGCUUAUUGUCAAACAGACAGUUGAUAUUGUCAGUUCUGAACAAUCUGUUUGGAGGGAAGAGAAAAUUGAAUCUGAGCCCCUGUUGAAGGGGGAAAUUUGGGACCCAGACUCAGCCCUUCAGUCCCCCUAAGCCCCCAAAACAGUUGAUCGGCACUUGGAUUUGACAGUACAGACCAUGUGUUUGGUGCUAUAUGCUGUUGCCACCUAUACAGCAUUGUAGAACUGAACUGGAUACAGUGGGUCAGCCUUGAGAACUAUAUACACAGUAUGUUUUGUAGUAGAGGGUUCUCAAUCCACACACAAAAGCCUGCUCCUGUGCAUCCAUCUCUCCCUCUCUGGCUGAGGAUACAGAGAGGCAAAACCAAAACUCCUGAACUACAAAGAUAACUUAACAGGGCUUUUGGAAUACAAACUGCCAUGUUUAUAUCAUGAAAACAACUACUACAGACAAAACAAGUUAUGGGUUCCUUAACUUGAGGCUAAGAUUUGUGGUCUCUGAUAUACUUCUAUAUAUGUAUGUAUGAUGGAGAGAAAGAGUGUGUGAAUGGCCAUUUUCUAAAAGCUGUUUUCAGCCAUUAAAGCAUGCAGUGAUUUUUGCUCCAAAUUUCCCAUUUGUCCAAACAGGCUGGAUGUGAUGGACUGGGAGUGUUCCUAAUUGUAUUUUAGUGUAUGGAUUUUGUUGUCACUUGUGUUGUUAGCUGCCCUGAGGGCUCUCUAAACCCUUCAGCUGGAAAUGCAUUUUUUAAAGCAACAAACAGAAUCAUAUUCUAAUAAUUGGACGUUUGUAUAAAUGGGAGUACUCUUUGCAUGGAGAUAAUUCAAUUCAGAUAUAUAAGAUUUGCUUUUAUAAAUUACAUUUGAAUAUGCAGCAAGUCUGUUCUAUGUGCAGUCAUUAUACUAAACUAAAUAUGUUCUAACAUCUCUUUGUAUUAAAAAGGAACGCACACACUUUCCCCCCAGACUAAGGAACUUAUCACACAACACUGUUAAAGUGCUAGAUUUCACUUUAUCUGCCAUGACAACAUCACAUGGUAUCUUGGGAUUUGCACAUUAGGGAGGAACACUUAGAAUUCUCAGCCAAAGAACUCGUGGUCCACACUAAACUACAAAGCCCAUAAUUCUACAUGGUGUUGGCAUGGCAGUUAACAUGGAAUAUAGCGUUUUAACAGUGUGGUGUGAUAGGUAACAAAGAGUGAAUGGCAUGGGUGCAUCUGAGUAAAUUCAAGUAACUGAAAAGCAUAGGGAGCUUGGAAAAGGUCAUGUUUCUAUCAUUUGUUUUAAUGUGUAAAGCCAAAUUUUAUGUUUCAGUGUCAGCUGUUAUGUAGAAAAAGUGGCUUUGUCUUGUGGUUUAACAAUGAGCUAUGAAGCUUUUGGGGGAAAGUAUCAUCCUGAUCUUUUUUAUUGGGGAGAAACAUUUGUUCAAUUUAACACUGCUUUUGCUAUGCAUGAUGUUUGGAGAAGCGAUGCCUUUUACUCGGAAUCGCUUUCAAAAUGGGCAGUUCCAAGCACAAUGCCUCCCAUGGGACAUAGUUCAAAAUGCACUAUUCCGUUUUUGGGGAAAAUUAGUUUAGUAAGAUCUAGUUAAAAUGGGCAAAUAAGAAAUUUAAGACAAACUUAACAUUGCUUUUUGUCCCAAUGAGAUUGCAUUAGCUGCCCAAGAUGCUGCUAUUUUAUUUUUAAGUUCCUCCCUUUAAAAAACAUAAGCUCUGUUCUGUUAAAUGUGUUUUUAAAACAUUAAAAAUUCUUUGUUUAAAUUUUUUAGGGAGGCUGACGCUAAAUGGAUCAGUUGUACAUUGCCUUUAAAAGGCAAUAUUAACAAAUGCACCUCCUUAAAAAAAUGUUGGCUUUCUGAAAUUGAUGGAGCUGUUGUCCUGUUUUUAAGUUGCUUAAAACAGAAUAAAAGUGGUUUUGAAACUA